UUGCCCCUUCUCUCAUUUUGUCUUCACGGUGGCCAUUUGUCUACUCUCUUUAUUGAUUCUUACAUUGUAAAAGAAUGGCAAAGGAAUUCCAACUCACCCAUAUUUUUAAGAAAGUAUCCGAAUUUAAAGAUGGCGAAUGUAGAUGUGGACCCCUAGAAGAACACUUCAAUGUUGAAUGGUUACUUUAUAUAAAUCGGAAAGAUGAUGAAUUGGCAGUAUUUCUGGGUUGCAAUAGUUUACAAGGAACUGAAGAAACAACACUGUCAAUUUAUGUGGAAUUAAAGUUUACACUCAAGAAUUCAAUUGGCACACGAGUAACGAAAAUCGCUAAAUGUCUGUUAUCAAAUAAGAGUACUGAAAGUGAUUUCGGACUUAAUAAGUUUAUUGGUUGGGAGACAUUGUUGAAGGACUACCUGAUUGAUGACAGUAUCAUUAUCGAAGCAAAAAUCAAGAUCACUAAGAUGACUGGAUUUCCGAGAAAAGAGCUCAGAAGCUUUGAUGAAUCAAGUGAGGAGUAUUCCGAUAUGAUUAUUGCCGUUGGGGAUAGAAAGUUCUAUGUUCUCAAACAGCUCCUCGCUUCAAACUCUACACACUUUCAAUCUCUUAUUCCCCUGGACUUUGAAGAAAUGGACUGUGAAGGAAAAUCGGAGAUCACCCUGCCAGAUAUCAACCCCUCCGAUUUUCAGUGUCUCCUGGAGGUUCUGUACGGAGAGCCUGCUAUGGAUGACGAGAACGUUGAAGGGAUUCUUCAUUCGGCUCACAUGUACAAAAUGACAAAAGUAAUUCGGAACUGUGAAGAGUUUCUUUCCAACAAAUCUGAAAAACCCAUGAGGGAUAAGUUCAAAAUUGCAAAGCAAUACCAACUGGAGAGUUUGAAGAAAUCAUGUCUCUCAAAAAUCCAAACAAUCCAAGACAUCAAGUCAGCAAUGGCAGGGGAUCUAUCUGACAUGGAUGCAACUGUAGUGGCGGCUCUUCUCGAAAAAUCGGUGACUAUUGAACCGCCUUCGAAAAAUGGACGACCGUAUUAAUUUGAAAUUGUUUUUUUUGUGGUUAUACUGUAUUUUUCACUUAUUCAAUAAAUUCCAAAAUAUUGGUGAAAUU